GCUCGAUCAGUAAGUUAGUCAGUAACUCGAAGCAGUGGACAGGUUCAGCAACGACGGAGCUCCGCUUACACCGCGAUUUAAUGUUUUAAAACAAGAUUUUAUGCAGUGAUAGCUGCAGGAACAGACAGCCAGAGAGUUGAAGAGCUACAGGACGAACCGUGAAGAGGAUUUUUGUUGUUUUUGUGGCUGCCAGCAGCUUUUCCUUCCACGAACAGACGGAGCGAUUUCCCCCAGCAGUGUGUGAGUGCAUCUUGAGGGGGCGGAGUCACACGAGAGGCGGCGUCGGGUUGUGUUUCCUGUCGGGGGAGGAGUCACAGUGAACGUGUGAGAAAUGUGAAGCUGAAGGAUCAGAGGGGCUGUCACUCAAACCAGGACCACCACCAGCCAAUCAACACGCAGUCUGGAGGACCAUCAUGCAUCUGAAGUCGUAUCCGAAGCUCGUGCGUUCAGAGCUGCGUUUGGAUCCGGCCGGUGUUCAGACGUCGUCCCAGCGGAGCGGCGUGUUCAUGAGCCAGCAGGGGGCGCUGCUGAGGACCUGCGGCAGUAACCAUGGCAACAUCAGUAGCAGCCGCCUCCCACUCAGCGUCAUCUCGACCAACACGCUGCGCCGCAGCAACGCCACCACCAACAGCAACAACAACAACAACAACAUCAGCAGCAGCAGCAGUGUGGUCACAUCGCUCCGGCUAAAGACGUCACCCAGCGGCGCCCUGCAGCUCCUCCCCUCUCCACCGGACUGCGAGAAUGACACGCUCAGUUUGUACCAGACAGCUGCAGAGGACGGUGACGCGCCGCUGGACAUCUGGGCCGCCAUCAAGCCUGGACACGUCCGCGAGAAGAUCGCCAUCUUCACCUCAGAAGCGGGACGGACGGAUGCUUCAGGAGGUAGUGAACGCACCUCAACCAGCAGCUCCGGCAGCUGGGAUCGCACGUCGCCGGUGUGUACAAGCCACGCCCCCAUGGCGGGAUUGUCGAGGGCGGUGAAGGCGAAGGGAAGCUGGGAGGAAACCUCCAACGCCAAGCGGCGCAGGAGGUCUGGGAGCAACCAGAACCUCCAGCAGGACCAGAGGAACCAGCUCCCAGACCCUCCUGAACACGCCCACAAAUCGUCGCCGCACCGCUCGGACUCGACACAGCGGGCGAGUGGCGAGCAGGGAGGGGUCGAGGCGGUGUCGGAGGAGGCGGAGGACACGAAGGUGUCGGUGGUGGACAUGGUGGCGUUCCUGGAGCAGAGAGCGAGCAAGCAGCAGCAACGUGACUCCAAACCUGUGCUCGCUCUCCAGAGGAGCUCCACCACCAUCAUGCUGUCCAGAGCCCCGCCCCCUGAGGUCAGGGAGGGGUCAGAGGUCAGGGGGGAGGAGCCAGAGAGCGUCAGGGUGUCGGACAUGGUGGCCAAGCUGGAGUCCGAGUGUCUGCGGACGCGAGUGGAGGGAGAUCUGUCGAGGAGCAACAGUCUGAGGAGGAUGGUGGGACGCGUCCUGCUCGCCGCCACGGACCAGUGCUCAGCCCCCUGCCAGCCCGCAUCACCAUCAUCAUCACUGACAUCAUCACCAUCGUCAUCACUGCCGGGAGCUCAGAGAGAGCCAAUCAGCUGCUCAGAAACACCCAGAACUUCAGCUCUGACCCCGCCCCUCCCUGACAUAGCCACGCCCCCCUCAGGCGACGUGGCGGUCGUGGCUCGGGGGGGCGGGAGCAGUGCUUCAGAGACUCAGGCCACGCCCCUGCAGUCUGAGGGGGCGGAGCCUCUGCCAGGCUUGUUGUUUUUGUCUCCGCCUCCUGCGGCCUCGGAGCUGCAGACACGCCCCCACACAGACUCCACCCCUCCCUCCUCACCUCAUACACCCACAGACUCUAAGCCCCGCCCCCCACACCACAGAACGACCUUUGACCCGGAGGCCGACCCCUCACGACCCCACCGCCCUCCUGUCUCUGGCAGCCAAUCAGAGAAGAGUAGAGCUCAGGAGGAGGAGGUUGCCGUGGUGCCUGUGGCGCGGCGUGCGUCGGUGUCGCAGGACUUCCUGGAGAUGCGUCAGCGUCUGCAGCAGCUGCUGGAGCCGCAGCCGUACCUGUCGCUGCUGCCGCAUCACCUGCUGCUGAAGAUCCUGCUGCUGCUGAACACGCAGAGCCUCGCCGCGCUCAAGUGCAGCUGCCACUACUUCCAGUUCAUCAUCGACACGUACGGCGUGCGGCCCGCCGACUCGCUCUGGGUGUCUGACCCCCGUUACCGCGACGACCCCUGCAAGCAGUGCAAGAAGCGCUACGGCCGCGGCGACGUGUCGCUGUGCCGCUGGCACCACAAGCCGUACUGCCAGGCGCUGCCCUACGGACCCGGAUACUGGAUGUGUUGCCACGGCACCCACAGGGACGCGCCCGGCUGCAACGUGGGUCUCCAUGACAACCGCUGGGUGCCGGCGUUCCACAGCAUUAACGUGCCGAUCUACAGAGCCGAGGACGACUGAGAGAGAGAGAGAGAGUGUGUGUGUGUGUGUGUGUGUGUGUGUGUGUGUGUGUGUGUGUGUGUGUGUGUGUGUGUGUGUGUGUGUGUGUUACUGAUGCUGACAGAAAGAUCAGCUGCUCCCAUGAUGCAACACGGUUCAGAUUCUCCUUAAAAACACUGUUAGUGGCGUUUAAAGAAGCUGCAUUAACCCUUCAGGCCUGUUUCUGUGUUUAGUGAUGAAGAAGAUGAAGAUGUUUUUUCAUCUGAACGUGUUUGUUGGUUUGUUUGAAGGAGAAUCUGGAGUUUGUCGCCUCCUGCUGUUCAGACUCCGUCACCUCACAGCCUGCAGCUCAACCACUGUUCAGCUUUCUGUCACUUUGUGUCAUUAAUUAUCUUCAGCUCGUUAACAGAUUGGUGUCUCGUUAGUGAAGAGGAGCAGCUGAAGGGAGGAGGAGGAGGAGGAGGAGGAGGAGGAGGAGUCCCGGCCAGGACUCUUCUUCUUCUUCUUCUUCUUCUCUGACUGUCUGAGUCUGAGAUAAAAACAUCUGUUUCAGGUCGUAUUUGAAUCUAAAACUUUAAACUUUAAACUGAAACCGUUUAUCAGCUGAUACAAACGACGGAUUUCAGUUUGUUUUUUGUGUCAAUUUGAUGAAGAACUUUGAUGUUUCAGUUGUUGAAUUAAACAAAAACACAGCCGGUUGUUUUAUCCAUAAACUGUUACUGAAGCAGACUCAGACGUCAGCUGUUCACACUGUUUGUGUGUCAGGUGGGUGAGGGGGGCGGAGCUUCAGAGAGGAGGCAGCGCCAUCUUCAUUUGGAGCAAAAAAAAAAAAAGACCUUUAUCUGCACCUUGUUUGUGUUUACAUUUGUACAUAAAUCAUAGAGUUUAUGAGCUCCAUCUGUUUAAAAACAACAACAACAACAACAACAACAACAACAAGGGAUUCUGUGAUUGUGAACUGUUGAGCUUCAAUCAGCGGCUGACUGAUAAUCACCUGUAACAGGACUGCUGUCAUUAUUAUUAUUAUUAUUAUUAUUUUUUGAAGGGAACAGAGGAGACGAUGAUGCAAUAUAAUAAACUGAACUGUUGAGACGAGAAUAAAAGAAUAUGGGGAGAAAAAUAACGGCCUUUGACCUUCAGAGAUUUUUGUUUUUUUAAGGUUUGUUGGUUUCCUGUCUGCCGGCUGUCUGGUUGAUUUUCUCUGUUUUUUGCUUUAAUAAAGUGCUUUCUCAUUGGUUCUCGUUUGGGUUAAAAGAAUAAAAGACUUGACUCUUC